AUGGAUCUAGAAGGGGUGAGUUUUGCUUCUCUAACCAUGUACCCUCCUGUCUCAUUCAUACACACGGGGCCCCUCUGCACCAGCAUCCUGCAACUUCUAUUUUUACCCCUCACCCUGGGGUCUCCCCCACACUGUGAGCAUGAUACCCAUGGCAGCCGGGCGGGGGACAGUCGGAGGUGGGGGGAGGGGCUGGCCACUGCUUCAUAUGGCUGCUUCUUAGAGGUUUUUUCCCCUUCCAGUCUGCCAAAGAAGGGACGCGAAGCUGGGGAGUGGGGCUUGUGCACCAGUUAUAAUAUUAUUUCUAGGGAAUCACAGACAAUUUGCCAUCUGCUAAAGUCUUUGGUGGACAGGCCAUUCUAA